GCCAGGUGCGUUGAGACUCUUCUCAGGUGUGUUCCCGGUUAGUUCGGUUCAUUUACACAAUGUGGCCUCAGUCUAAAGACUAAACUGGAGUUUUCCUGUCGUCGUCGGUUUGGGUUUUAUUGGAGGAGAAAACUUUAGAGGAGCUGAUCUGCUGUUUGCGCCGUUCAGGACGUGAGAUGUUUGACUCGGACAGGUGAGAGAGAUGCAACAUGGGCAGGAAUGGAGCGAACUGUGACUCCAGGAAGCCGAAGAGUCGAUCAUCAUGUCACCAAACCGCCUGCAUCAACUCCUGGGCCUGGAGCUGAGCCCCCGCUGGAGAGCCAGUGAAAGUGGAGCCCUCCGGCCUCCAUGGCUCACUCGUCAGACCCGUCCCGCAGGGAGAAGAACCCCGGGACCCAGGGGUCACACACGGCUACUCGCAACCUCCUACGGAAGAAGGAGCAGCGGCGGCGUGGAAUCCGAUCCUCCUCACCCAUGGGUCGGGUCAUCCUCAUCAACUCUCCCGUGGACGGUGGCGACGACAGUGAGGACCUUCAUACAAUCACUGUGGAUAAAAGCGUUGAUGGUAAACUGGGGUUCAGCGUCCGUGGAGGUUCAGAACACGGACUCAGCAUCUUUGUCAGCAAGGUGGAGGACAACAGCACAGCAGAGGAAGCCGGGCUGCUUGUAGGAGAUAAACUGGUGGAGGUGAACGGCAUCAGCCUGGAGAGCAUCACCAUGAGCAGCGCUGUGAAGGUGCUGACAGGAAACAACCGGCUGAGGAUGGUGGUGAGACGAGUCGGUAAAGUCCCCGGCAUCCGCUACUCCAAGGAGAAGACCACCUGGGUGGACCUGAUCCACAGGCGGAUGGUGGUGGAGGAAAGCGGUCGGACGCCUUCAGAGGCCAGCUCAGGCAGCGCCCUCCAAAGGAUCGUCCACCUUUACACCACCUCAGACGACUACUGCCUCGGGUUCAACAUCCGCGGAGGGAAAGAGUUCGGUCUGGGAAUCUACGUCUCCAGACUGGAUCCAGGUGGUCUGGCUGAACAGAAUGGGAUAAAGAUGGGGGACCAGAUCCUGGCUGCUAACGGAGUGAGCUUCGAGGACAUCAGCCACAGCAGCGCAGUGGAGGUUCUGAAGAGUCACACUCACAUCAUGUUGACCAUCAAGGAAGCAGGACGAUACCCCGCUUAUAAGGAGAUGGUGGCAGAAUACAGGUGGCUCAAUAAACUGGCCAAUGGUACCCAGAAAUCUUCCUCCCAGGGUUCAGACUCCAACUCGUCAGCCUCCUCGCUGUCCUCUGGGACUCCGGUCAGCUCUCUGAGCGGCUUAUCGCAGGUCAUGUUCCCUCCCAGCCUCCCGUUUGGUUCAGACAUGGUGGACGUCUGCAUCUCCACCGAGGACCAGAGAUCUGAGUCGGAGCGAACUGAAACCUCCAUUCAGACGGACCUUCCCUCUCAGAGGACGGCUGCAGACACGACUCGCAGCCUCGGACCGACAACUCUGCUCAAAGAUACGGUGAUUCGUGGAGAAGAGGGCGGCGGGAGGAAAGAGUCGACUAAAACAGCGGUGCUUCUGGCUCUCAGCAGGCCGAGCCGACCCAUCAGCAGGUCGCAGAGCCAAGUCACUGUAGCAGAGAUCAAGCAGAAGAAAGAGAAGAAGCAGAAAGGGAAGGAUCCGGAGGAGAAGAGCACCCUUCAGCGAUCAAAAACCUUCGUUAACUUAUUGUUCAAAGGAGGACGUAAGAGAGACACUUCCAGAGGACGAUCCAAGUCUCCGUCUGGCAAAGACGGGCGACAGGUCAAAGCGAUGCCAAAUUCCGAGAUGCUGAGAGUGGUGGAGGACAUGGCCCGGAGGCUGCUGACGGAGGACGAGGUGGCUGAAGUGAUGAAGACGUGCCGACGGUACAUAGCAGAGCGCUCAGUGGAGAACUUAAUCCGCCACCUGCUGGCUGUUCUGGAUCGACCUGAAAAGCUGCUGCUGCUCAGAGAAGUCAGGAUGCUGCUUCCUCCUUCUGAUCUCAGUCUUUUCAAUAACAUGGUGACCACUAUUGAAGUGGAAGCCUACGAUAUCCUCAAGUACCGUUCAAUCCGAACUCCUCCUCUUCGUUCUCCCACUUCUGGUCGAGCUCCCAAACGGCGCCUCAUAACUCCCAUCCCAGAUUACAGAGGAGGCUUUGAGCUCCACAAUGCUGAGGAGGUGGAGAAGGAGAGCCACCUGCUGGAGGAGCUGGAGAAGCUCAGCCUGACGGGGCUUCGGGGGUCCAGUGAGAGACCUCAGACCUCCAGGUCCUUCACCCCUCUGCUGGACAUACCGGUGGACGGAUACAACACCGAGUCCAGAGACCUGAAACCUCCUGCCGCCAGUCCGAUGCUGCCCAACUGGCUGCUGGCUGGAGGCGGCGACUCCCGGCCUCCUCUAAGGACAGAUAUCGGAACCAUUCGCUCCGUCCACUUCGACGAGGUUUCGCUGCACUCGACUUCAGACACGAACUCAGAAAGAGGACGUCCCCCGUUCAGAAACGGUCACUCUAAAGGCAAAAAGGAGAGUAAAGACUCGGUGUUCCCGCUGCAGAGCGCCGUCCGGAGGAGUCGGCCGUUGUUGUCGCAGGUGUUUGGUUCAGGUUCUGGUGAACAGGUGGGAAGCGAACAGAUGAACGGUCACCAGGCUUCCUGUGAGAGCAACGGCACCGAGCCUGAACAGGAGUACGAGCUCCAAACCGUCAGCAUCUCCAAGACCAAGCAGUCUCUGGGCAUCAGUAUUUCUGGAGGGAUGGAGUCCAAGGUUCAGCCGGUGGUGAAGAUCGAGAAGAUCUUCCCUGGAGGAGCCGCCUCCACCUGUGAGGUGCUCAAGGCUGGAUUUGAGUUGGUGUCGGUUGAUGGAGUCUCUCUACAAGGAGUGACCCACCAGCACGCCGUCGACGUCAUCCGGAAAGCCUUCAGCAACAAGGCCAAAGACCCCAUGGUGUUCGCCCUCAAAGUCCCCAAAAACCUUUGAAAGGAGACCGUGAUUUCUUAAACAUCCAGCGAACACAGAGACAGGAAAGCUACGAUCCUGCUGACGUCAGGUAUGUCAUUUUGCCAUUCCUUAAAGCUGACGUGGACUCUGGAUGUCAACAAGAUGAGCUGAAAAACAAUAACAGAAUGCAGAUCACUGGACUUUGGGACUAAAUAUUUAAGAGAAGACAACAGGACUGCUGUCACACAAAAAAACAAACAGCAAAAGACUUUUAUGGUAAAUGAAUUUUUUGUGAAAACAUGAAAAAUGGUGCUCCUGAAGCCUUAAUCUGUCCUUUCAUCACAACCAGGAGCCAGUGCCUGCGAAGAACACGAGUUCUUUUUACAUUUUAUCUCGUACCAACACGCGUUAGUCUAUAAAACUCUUUCAAAUGGCUCUUAAGUGUAAGUUUAUGCUGCAGAAUUUUAAAAAUGUGCAGGAUGACAAACUGGAAACUGUAACCUGAGUGCCUUGAAUGAAAUUAUAGUGUUAAACUGGA